AUGCCUUCCAUGAGCCGCGCGAAGUUCUUGAAGGAGUACGUCUUGAAAGUUGAGAAGGAAUUCGAGCUUGAUGGUGAGACAGCAGAAUGGGCACCCUCGUCUUCGGGAGGACCUCUGGAAUGGGGCCAAGAGCACAGCUCGAUGGAAAUCGUCAAAACGGACGCUUCCGCAGACCGUCAAGUGUCUAGCACAGCCAUGGCUCUGAGCCCCGACAACAAACUCCAAAAUCUUCAGGGAGAAAGGCGACAUCAUCGCAUGUCAGACAUGAAAAACCGCCUCCACUCACUCACACACUGGAAAGGCCACUUCCCAUCCUUCGGCUCCAAACCCUUGAGCGCCGACGGCGAAAGAUGGCUCCAAGUCCUAAACAACGAAUCCACACAAUCCGGCCCCCGAAAACCCGCCUUACUCCCCACCAUCAUCGUCCGCCACUUCUCCAACAUCCACAGCGCAACCUACCUCUACGGCCACACCGACGCAAUCAUGUGGUCAUCCUUCUCCCCAACAAACUCCUCCCUCCUCGCCUCCGCGAGCUGGGACGGCACAUUCCGUCUCUGGAGCGCAUCAGACGGCCGGGAAAUUUCCAAAAUCUCUUCCGGCGACGUUCAAGAUUGGAGCGGAGAUUUCUCUCCCGAUGGGAAACACAUCCUCUUCGCCGGCACGGAUUGCGUUUCGAUUUACUCCAUCGAAGCCGAAUCCCAAAUUCUGAAAUUAAAACGCGAGGGUUUGAAGACGGAGGCGUGGAUCAGAUAUUUGUCUUGGGCACCGGGGGGAGAUGCGAUUGCUUUGGGGAAUGGGAUGGGGGUUUUGCUUUGGAGGCCGUUUGAUGAUCAGAAGAAAUCUGCGAGUUGGGAUCGGGUGGAUGAGGUUUUGAAGUUGGGGGUUGAGGAGGCGAUGCAUAGCACUUUUCCCAAUGUCUAG